UAUACAACUACGGGCGUAAACGGUAAACGAGUUUCCACCGCCAACACCACUUCGGCUGCUAGAGCGAAAAAAGCACGCAUGGAUAUGGCGAAGUCCCCCGGGUUAGUUGAAAUUUCAUCGUCAGCGGGUCGAAAAAUCAUUUGGUAUUUCGCAAAAAAUUUAAAUAAUGUUAAAAAUUAUACCGACUUUCUACGUCCUCUUGCACCGGCUCUGGCAGACAUGUUGAAAAAUAACGUGCAGCAACAUCCAAUAAAAUUUAACUUGAAGCUCGAGGCUACUUAUAACCGAUCAAACGUACCCAAUUCGUCCGAAAAUAGGGCGUUUAAAACAUCAGCAGUUGAAGUUUUUUCGGAAAGUAACAUUCCUGAGAUUAUUGAAAGGGCUUAUAUAAAGUUAUUGGUCGAGGAAGAAGCUUAUACUAGCAGAGGAAGCGGGUUUACCCUGGAAUCUAUAGAUGGGCUAUUGUUGACCGUGUACAAAUACACGCCGAUGGACGGGUCGUCAUACAUACCACUGCCUGCGUAUAUCGAUAAAAAGAAGGGUACAAUUAACCCUCAAAACAGCGAUCAAGAAUGUUUCAAGUGGGCGAUACUAGCGCGGUAUGUGACAGGGCCGUCGGUAUACCGUAUAGGAGAAAAUUAUAGACAACAUGAGGACAAACACAAUUUCAAUGGUAUAUCGUUCCCAACGCCAUUAUCCGACGUUCAGAAAUUCGAAUAUAAUAACCCGACUGUCUCUGUGAAUGUAUAUGGGUUAGACAAAAAGUUUCAGCCACCGCGUAAAUAUCCGACGUAUGAGGUGUACCCGCUACGUGUCGUUGAUGAGGAGAAAGCCAACCACUUUGAUCUGUUGUUGGUAGCAGACGAGAGCGGGUCGCAUUACAUCUACAUCUCGAAUUUAUCCCGCCUUAUACGCUCUCAAAAGACUGGACAUAAAGAGAGUGUCGUAUUUUGUAAAAGGUGCUUUACCAGCUUUGACAAUCAAAGAUAUAAAUAUAAAUUGAAUGGGCGUGACGCGUUAACUCAGCAUAAGCUUAUAUGCGGUGCACAUAAGCCAAUAUUACCGGUGAUGCCGAAAGAAGGUGAGUGUCUGCAAUUUGAAGCAUGGAGAAACACUCAGAGGCAUCCUAUAGUGAUAUAUGCAGAUUUCGAAACUAUACUGAUGAAGAUGGAUGAUAAGAAUGAGGGAAAUACAAAAAUAAUGCACAGACAUGAAGCGAUGAGUUAUGGACUCAUUGUGAAGGCGAGCGACGACGUACCGUUAGAGUUGAUGGAGGAGCAUGAGAUAACGACAGAACCAGUGAUAUACAGAGGAAGCGAGAGUAAGACGGACGUGGCGAAACAUUUUAUUGAAACAGUGACCGAGUUGACGAUAAAAAUUGAAAAAUUAUUGAAGACCAAUAAACCUAUAGUUUUCACGGAUGAACAACGGCAGUCACAUAAUGCAUGUACAGCUUGUAAUUUAUGCAAAACAACCUUUACAUACGAUAACCAUAAGGUUGCAGAUCAUUGUCAUCUCUCUGGAAAAUACCGACAAGCUCUAUGUAAUACCUGCAACCUCAAGCUUCAAGCACCAAAAUUUGUCCCUAUAUUUUUCCAUAACUUAUCCAAUUAUGACGCGCACCUAAUAGUAACAGAACUGGGUCACGACACGCAAGCUAUUAACGUUAUUCCUAAUAGCGAGGAGAAAUAUAUAUCUUUCUCGAAAUACGUAUCAAAUACAUUCAGCAUGCGUUUCAUAGACACGUUUAGAUUCAUGGCAUCAAGUUUAUCUUCACUGUCCAAAAAUCUUGUAACACCGGGACUGGAGAACUUUAGAGAAACCGCUAAAGUUUUUAAUAAAGUCGAUAUGUCGCUCGUGACUCGGAAGGGGGUGUACCCGUACGAGUAUACAGAUAGUUGGAGCCGGUUGGAUGAAGAGAGACUACCGAGGAAGAGUGACUUUUAUAGCACGUUAAACGAGUCGGGAAUAAAGGAAGAGGAAUAUACGCAUGCAAAGGAGGUCUGGGACCACUUCGGUUGCAAGACAUUGGGCGAGUACAGUGAUCUGUAUUUGAAAAUCGACGUGUUGCUGCUGGCGGACGUCUUUGAAAAUUUUCGUGAUGUCUGCAUAAAGACAUACAACUUGGACGCGGUGUAUUAUUUUACUGCACCAGGAUUGAGUUUUGACGCGAUGUUGAAGUUUACCAGGAAAAAGUUGGAGCUGUUGAGUGAUUACGAUAUGUUAUUAAUGUAUGAGAAUGGUAUUCGUGGUGGAUUAGUGCAGGCAAGCAUGAGACAUGCCAAAGCGAAUAAUAUAAAGACCCCAGACUACGACGAAACUAAGGAGAAAUCGUGGUAA